UCCUUUCGAUCCAGCAUACUUAACAAUGGGUCGAGGCGGAAAACGCGGCGGUCGAGGCGGAGGGCGAGGUCGAGGACGUGGGGGAGGGGGAGGAGGGGGAGGUAGGGGUGGAGAAGACAAUCGCGUCAGUUUCGACAAGGUCGACAAGCACAACGAGAAGCUCGAGAGAUAUUACAAUGGCUUGCUUGCAAUGUCGGAUGAAGAGAAGGAGGCUUUCUGGGCGGCCUUGAAGCGGGAGCUUCCUAACAGCUUCAGAUUCGCAGGAUCAAAAGGACAUGCACUUGCUGUCCAGCGGCAACUGGUCGACAGAUAUAUCCCAGAAAUCUCCAAGAUCUCUCAUUAUGACGGCACCCUCGUCGAACCACCUCAGCCUGUUCCAUGGUACCCUGAUGCUCUCGCCUGGUGGAUGACUACCCCGAAAAACGUCAUCCGUCGAUUUCCGCCAUUUGCGGCAUUCCAAAAAUACCUUGUGUCGGAGACAAGCGUUGGAAAUAUCAGCAGACAGGAAGUCGUUAGCAUGAUCCCGCCCUUGGUUAUGGAUCUCCGGCCAGGGAUGACGGUUCUUGAUAUGUGUGCGGCUCCUGGCAGUAAGGCUGCCCAAUUAUUGGAGAUGGUACACCGUGGGGAAGAAGCGCGCGUCCGUAAGUCACUUCAAGAGCAUGCCAAGGAGGACGGCCGAGAAAUGAGUCCGGGCAUUCAGUCAGAAGGUGGCACCAAAUUGGAUGAUGCAGAAGAACUGGCCGUUGAUUCGAGUGACUAUGGACGAGCGACAGGGCUAUUGAUUGCCAACGACUCCGAUUACAAGCGCAGUCAUAUGCUGAUCCAUCAGCUCAAGCGGUUAUCGUCUCCGAAUUUGAUUGUUACUAAUCACGAUGCUACCAUGUACCCAUCCAUCAAACUUCCACCGACACCUGAGCAUCCGGCAACCAACCGAUACCUCAAAUUCGACCGAAUCUUGGCCGAUGUUCCAUGCUCGGGAGAUGGAACCACCAGGAAGAACGUCAAUUUGUGGCAGGAUUGGAAUCCUGGCAACGCCCUUGGACUGCACAUCACUCAGGUUCGAAUUCUUGUUCGUGCCUUGCAGAUGCUCAAGGUUGGGGGCCGUGUCGUUUAUUCAACGUGCAGUAUGAAUCCAGUCGAGAAUGAAGCUGUCAUUUCGUCGGCAAUUGAGCGAUGUGGUGGUCUCGAGAAGGUGGCUUUGCUACCAAGUGAUGACAAGUUACCACUGCUGAAGCGAAAGCCUGGUCUAAAGAGUUGGAGUGUCAUGGAUAAAAGUGGUCGUGUAUGGAAUAAAUGGGAAGAUGUCCAGGAAGAAAUCCGGGAGCAUGGGAAUUCUCCGUAUACUGACAGACUUUCUGAGGGAAUGUUCCCGCCACGAGCCGAUUCUGCGGGUUCUAAGAUCCCGUUCGAGAGAUGUAUGCGGGUUUAUGCUCAUCUGCAAGACACGGGUGGAUUCUUCAUUGCUAUUCUUGAGAAGAAGUCCGAAUUCAAAGCCAAACCAGAAUCGGAGUCGAAGAAAACCGAGCCAAAGCCUCCAAUCACAUCAAUCGUUGAUGAAAUAGAAUCGAGACCGCCACCAGCAGAAGGGGGGAGUGUUGCCCCUAAGAUCGAGGCUGCGGAUUUGUUGAAUCAACCCGAUACACCCAUGCAGGAUGAGGUCCCACCUGUUGCUCGACAGAACCAGGAGAAUCCUGCUCCAGACGCUACUGUCCUUCCAGACACUACAAACAGCAUGAAACGAAGUGCGGAGGAAGAUUUGGCUACUGAUGCCGUAAUGCAGACCAAAAAGCUCAAAACAUCUGAGGAUGUUGACGAGCCAGCUGAAAACGGGUACCAAAACCGAGAAGUUCAUUAUCCACCACCUCCAGGAGCCGAACUUGAUCUUCAAACCCGACCUGGAGAUCUCCGGGCCAAUACCCCACGACAAAACCCGAACAGGGUCGCUAGGGGUGGGCAACAAUUCGAGGAGCCGUUUAAGUAUAUCUCAGGUGAUCAUCCGGAAGUUCAGACCAUAGAAAGCUUCUACAGAUUAUCGCCGAGGUUUCCGAGGGACCGAUUCAUGGUUCGGAAUGCGGAGGGCGAGCCAGCCAAGACAAUUUAUUACACGUCCGCCUUGAUCCGCGAUAUUCUCCAAGAAAACGAGGGAAAGGGGAUCAAAUUCAUCCAUGCAGGUGUGAAGAUGUUCAUGAAGCAGGAUGUCCAAGCCGAAGGUGUUUGCAAAUGGAGGAUCCAAUCUGAAGGGAUGCCAAUCCUAGAAGGCUAUGUUGGCGAAGAGCGGGUCGUUCGUCUUUACAAGAAGGAGACACUACGAAAGCUUCUCAUCGAGAUGUUUCCCAAAGUCAGCGACGACGGCUGGAAAAAUCUCGGCGAAAUCGGAGAGAGAGUCAAUACUAUCGGCAUGGGCUGCUGUGUCCUGCGAAUUGAGCCUAGCAAUACAGAAGACGGCUUUGAUGACCGAAUAGUCAUCCCCUUAUGGCGCAGCCUACACUCACUGAACCUGAUGUUGGCCAAAGAGGAUCGGACCGCCAUGCUCCUGCGGAUUUUCAACGACACCACUCCGCUUGUCAACAACCACAACGUACCCAAGAACAAGCCCCAACCCGAAGCAGCUCCCAAGGUCGAAGAUGGAGAGGUCAAGGUCGAUGUCGCAAACUCGGCCAUUGAGUCCAGCGCGCCAGUCGGCGGCGACGAAAUAGCUACUGCAGAUCUUGAGGUUAAACCAGGGCCCAACGGCGAGGUUGUCAAGGAUAAGGACUCCGUGGCUGCGGCUGAGGAUGUCAAGGCCGAGCAGAUUGUGAAAGAGGAGGCGACGGGUGAUAGUGUAGAGGGACAGCUUGGGGGUGUUUCAUAGUACGCUCUAUCUUAAGAGCUUGCCAGGCUAAUUGAACUUUUGCAUUUUCAAGGAAUAGAAAUCUUCUGAUCUAAUCCCAGUCUACGCGCUUACCACAAUCACGAAAGACGUGGUGCAGUGUCUAGGCCCACAGCUGUUGUCAUGUUAGAACAGAGCAUCAGACAUAUAUCAAGCGUCGUGGAAUUUUCAGAAUCGCCUUGUCUGGG